AUACUCAAAAGUGAAUGUUACAAAAUUAUAAAGAACAAACACGGCUCAAAAGAAGAGAUAUGAGAAGAUAUCCUCAUCCAGCCCUUUGCAGGUGCAGGUCCACAAGUGUGGUACAUUACACAUAUUUUCAGAGUUUUUCUCAUGUAUUGAUCGGUUGUGCUAAUUUUUCUUUCUUUUCUUUAAAAAUAUUGUUAUAUGGGAUAACUCUCUGGGCGGUGAAGGGGAAAGGGCAUUGGGGAAAAUUAUGGUGAUGUAAAAAACCAAAAUCUUAUUUUAAAAAUGUGAGCUACUGGAAAUCAGAUACUGUUUUCCUCUUGCUAUAUUCCUAGUAGUGGGUAACUGUGAUGAUUUGGGUCUCAUCCACUACCCCGUUGCUAUCUCUCCAUCUUUGGAUGACACGAUGUUUUCCACAUAGUGCUCUUAAACGCUUUUUGGUUCAUUCAUUUUGAACUGAGAGCGAGAAUGAUUUCCCGCGGCUACCAGCCACGUGAUCUGUGAAGCUGCUCAGAUCUGGAUGGGUGGGGGUGGGAUGGAGGAGAAUGUUGUUGGCCACAUGCCAAUGAGAGGUGGACAAGCUAAGACUAUCCGGAGGAGUAAAACUGAUUGGGGCUGAAACAGCAGAGGAUAGUUGUAAUGAUGAUCUUGGGUCCCCGAUAUCCCUGGAUCAUUAGGGCUUUGCUACACCCCUCUACCCCUGCAGUUGGGGAACCACUUCCAUUCACUGGUUCAUUACUCAUUUUCUGUUUUCCCCUCGGAUUCAGAUUUGGGGUUGGGGGAGGGAUGGAGAAAAGCUCUUUGUUUCUUCCUCGAUUGCCAACCAGCAUUUUGGAAGCUCUGUUUUCAUGCCUACGCUAUUUACAAUUAAGGAAAAACAACAAAACUAGAUGGCGAAAAGGAACAGAGGAGAUUUUAGUGUUUAUUUUUUCUCCCCAGCAUAGGCUGUAUGGGGGACUGAGAUGAUUAGAGAUAGAGCCUUUACUAUUCUUAAUAGUUUUCUGAGUACAUAUGAAUAUGUUCAAGUUGUACUCCUGGACCUUUUCCUUGAACCCAGGAGACAGAAAGACUGAUAAGGAAAGCUUUGAAAAGCCACAGGUGGCGGGAAGGAGGGAGGGAGGAGGUUGGUGCUAUUUUUUGCCUGAGGACACCUUAGCUGAAUUGGCAGAGGCGCUAAACUGUUGCCUAGCCUUGCCCGGCACUGCAGGAGGUUAGCCAUGUCCGGUCCUGCAGCCGGCUAGCAUCGCCCAGGGCUGACGUCGCUGAGGCUUGCUGUGGUUGAGAAGGCUAGCUUUCCAAGACAUGCAGGCACACACAAUGAAGCCCUGGUUUCUCAAGAACACCGCGCCAUUCGACUGCACCACCGCGGCCAAAGCGCAGCAAAGUCCAGGUUAGCGUGAAUAACUUAUCUGGUGAAGUGAUGGCAUUGAAUUGAGCUACAGGGAGACCUGAGGAUAGGAGCAUCCAUUUGAACCGCCACACCCCCACAGUCCUCGGACCGAGCAAGUCCACGCCUCAGAACUCCAAACGCUGUUAGGUGACGUCAUAGGGUCGUGCAAAAGAGAACCGAGCGAUGUGGCCCACGUGGGAACAUCAAGACAGAGAGGCAACCCCUUGCCUUUAACCUAUGAGCCUAUGAAACUACAAUCCCCAGAAGUCUCCGCGAUCCCCGUCCUUCCUCCACCUUUCAUCCACCCUCUGUAGCAUGGCAACGGCGUGACGUGACCCGGGGACCCGAAUUGGAGCUGCAGAGGACGCCGGCUUCAGUCUCAGCCAAGCGGGCUGACCGGGAGGAGUGGUUGCGAAGCACAGCCCCCUGCCCUUCUAGGCCUGAUCUCCCUCCGGGGCUUCUCCCCUACCGGGCUGCCGCUCCCAGUCUGCAGGAAAGGCAGGAGCGCGCAGCGCGCAUGGCGUUGGCGGGCGCGCGGCGGCUCCCAGCUGGAACGCGCGCGGCGGCCCGGCGCUGCUGCUGCCUCCGGCAGGGCGCGCAGCCCGCCCCGCCCCCGGGUCCUCUAAGAGCGCUGCAGUCAAUGAGGCUCUUGUCUUCAUGCAGCCUCUUGCUGCCCAAAGCUACCGAGGCCUUGGGGGCUGAGGCUGGGCUUUCCCACAGGCGUUCUUUUAUGGGCUUCGCUUCCCCAUUCACCAACAAGCGCAAGGCAUACUCCGAACGCAGGAUUAUGGGGUACUCAAUGCAGGAGAUGUAUGAAGUGGUGUCCAAUGUCCAGGAGUACAAGGAGUUUGUGCCUUGGUGUAAGAAGUCCCUAGUGGUGUCCAGCCGAAAAGGUCACCUGAAGGCCCAGUUGGAGGUUGGCUUCCCACCUAUUGUGGAACGUUAUACUUCAGCUGUCUCCAUGGUCAAGCCUCACAUGGUCAAGGCUGUCUGCACUGAUGGCAAACUCUUCAACCAUUUAGAAACCAUCUGGAGAUUCAGCCCUGGUCUUCCUGCUUACUCCCGAACUUGCACUGUGGACUUUUCGGUUUCCUUUGAGUUUCGAUCACUGCUCCAUUCUCAGCUGGCCACCAUGUUCUUCGACGAGGUUGUUAAACAGAAUGUUGCUGCCUUUGAGCGCCGAGCAUCCACCAAGUUUGGUCCAGAAACAGUCAUCCCCCGUGAACUCAUGUUCCAUGAGGUGCACCAUACAUGAGACCAGCUCCCUAACUUAUUUAUUUGGUUUGAUCCAUGCUCCAUCCCCUGGGGCAAGUCUUGUUUAUGUCCGCCUCCCUGCCUCCCCUGCCCUAAUAGUUCUGGCUCUCCAGGGAGAGAGAACUCAGGAAUCUGGAAUGAGCUUCUCAAUUAGGAGAUGCUGAGGGGUAAGGGAGAUCCCCAGGAGUUGGCUAGCCGGACUCCAGGAACUGAACCUUACAUGCCUGUCUCCUUCUGGAAACUAAACUAAGAAUUGCUGGGAUUUUUUAUCUUUGGCUAUGCCUUGUGAGCUAGGGCUCCAUUCCCUGUCUAACUUAUGGUGCCUCAGUGUCUCUGGAAGGGUAAAGCAAUCCCAAGUCUCCAGUAAAGCGAUAUUACACUGUUCCUCUCUCUUGUUUAGGAGCUAAGGGGAUUGGGCCAGUUCUUAUUGUCUUGAUAAAGAAGCCAUAUGAGGGAAAAGUAACUUCCAUUUUGGAAUCCAGGUAUCUGAGGUUCUAUCUAAAGUCUGCUUUCCAAAAAAGGAAAAUUUCCCCCACCUGGCUAAUAUAUGUAGGAUAUCAGAGGAAUUUUUUCCCCCCUUCCAGGGUGGAGGGGAGGCUUUAAGUAAAGCUGCACUUACUUCUAGCCUGUCCCUUUCUUCCACCUGGGCUGAGUGUUUUGAUGAAGAGCCAAUAAACCAGUUGUGCGGA